UCCGGGUUUAUUAAAGCCGACUCCACGUGAGCUACAUUUUGAGUGUGGUAAUGUCAGCAAAUCCAGUGGUUCCGGUUGGCGUGGAGGAUGAAGAGUUUGGAAUCUUCGUGGCGCUCCACUGCGGAGCGCUCCAGUCCUCGGGAAUCCCCCAGAUCUACUGGAGGAGCCUGCAUCAUAAAAUCACCCGCGAGGUUUAUGAUGCUGGGGAAGUUUUCGGAAUAAUGCACUUUCAGCCAGAAGUUGAAGAUGAAGAAAAUGGAGAGAAGGAGUGCAAUCCUGGCAAUGAGACCAGAUGCAAAGUGGUUGUUACCCGGGAGAGUGGUCUGCAAGCCUCAGAGCCGACCAGUGUUUUCCUGGUGGAUCACGCAUGGACAUACCGUGUGGACCAUGCCCGGCAGCAGCUGGAACAGAUCCCAGGCCUGCUGCCCAGGAUGGCCACCCUCAUGGGGCUGGACUUCCAUGGUGAGGUCCCUGAUGCUGACACAGUCGGGCUGGUGAUGGAGCGCAUGUGGAAGUAUAACCAGACUUAUCAGCUCUCUCAGGGGUCUGCAGAGGAAAAGGUUCCCAUGUGGUACAUCAUGGAUGAGUUUGGCUCUCAGGUGCAGCACUCUGAUCAACCCACCUGCAGCAUGGCUCCAUUCUUCUACAUACAGGGUCAGCUAGCCUAUACUGUGCUCUGGCCACUGCAGGACCUGAAUGAAGGAGAUGAAGUAACCCGCGACUAUGCAUAUGGAGAGCCAGACCCUCUUGUGCGGCAAUGCCGUCUGUUACCAUGGAUACCUGCUGAUCUAGAAGGGGUCAGCGACAUUACAGAGGAGCCCCUGGAUUUAUUCUUUGAGAACAUUGCGCGGGACAACAAGGAGCAGCUUCCGGUGGAAAUCCAACCUUAUACUGUACCUGAAGACAAAAUCCUCAAGGUUUACUCCGAAAUGUCACAAGUAACAAACAACCUGACACACCCUCGGUUCCGUCUGAUCGAGGAUGAGGAUAAGGCUGAUAUCAUUUGGUGCUAUAAUCACAUUAAAGACUACAGCAAAUUCAGCAUGGAGCAACCCCAUGUGUUGCUUAACCAGUUUCCCUGUGAGAGCGUCAUCACUGUGAAGGAUUGUCUGGCUGCUGUGGCUCGCAGAGUGAAAGGCGGCCGAGGACCUGCCUGGUUACCAGAGACCUUCAACCUCCAGACAGAGCUGCCUCAAUUCAUCAAGCAUUACCAGCUGAGACAACAAAGGGGAGAAGAUAAUCACUGGAUUUGUAAGCCCUGGAAUUUAGCUCGUGGACUGGACACACACAUCACCAACAACCUGGAUUACAUAAUCAGGCAGCGAGAGAGUACACCAAAGGUGGUGUGUAAGUACCUUGAAGAUCCAGUACUGUUCAACAGGGAGGAAGUGGGAUUGGUGAAGUUUGACAUUCGCUACAUGUUGAUGUUGCGUUCUGUGCAGCCUCUGCAACUCUAUGUCUAUAAGGUCUUCUGGCUGCGUUUUGCAAACAGACCUUUCUCCAUGGACCAUUUUGAUGACUACCAAAAGCAUUUCACUGUCAUGAACUAUAACGAGGGUGUGGAGCUUAAGCAGGUGCACUAUGAUGAGUUCAUUCCGAUGUUUGAGAAGCAAUACCCACAGUAUCCAUGGACAGAGGUGGAAGCAGAGUUAUUUAAAGCUUUCAAAGAGCUUUUCCAGGCAGCCACUUCUAGACCAGCUCCAUAUGGCAUUUGUCCCUAUCCUUCAUCCCGAGCCAUCUAUGCUGUAGACCUCAUGCUGAAGUGGAGUAGAGGGCAAAAUGGUGAACGUAUUAUGCAGCCUCAGAUCCUGGAGUUGAACUUCAGCCCAGACUGUGCCCGGGCCUGCCUCUACCACCCUGACUUCUACAACCACGUAUUUCAGACGCUGUUCCUGGAUCAGCCUGAGGAGUGCCCAGUCACACAAAUUAUGAUUAGCCAGACAUGAUGGAAGAGUGUCUUUGUUAU